AAAAAACAUUUCAUAAACAACUAAAUUAAAAUGUGUAUAAUAGUCGAUCAUUGUUGUUGCACCAGCUGCAAUGCCAGUCUACGUUUUGGGUGUAUUUUCUAUGUCAUUUGGGCGAUUGUUUGGAGAAUAUUAUUAAUGGCGUCAACAUUCAUGCCACACGAAUCGACAGAUUAUAGUAGUGCGAAUAUUUCAUUAAUUGUCGUGAAUGUGAUUUGUCUGAUUGGCCCUAUUUGUUUGUUAAUUGGACUCUUCAAGGACAUCAAAGUACUAGUCGUCGUAUCUAUAGUAGUUACAUAUCUGGUUGUGGCAUUUUAUCUUAUAAAUUUUCUGGUUGGGCCCAUAAUUAUACUUAGAUCGUCUUCAGAAAUGAGUACAGGUGCAGGUGUGGCUUCGUAUAUUUUUAUUUUCCUUGCAAUAUGUUGCCCCUUAUGCGCUUUCGAAGUGUAUAUGGCUAUUGUGCAAUAUUCAUAUUUAAAAACCGAAAUGUAGAGCAGUGGAAGCCAUCUUCAGAUCCCGCACUAUAUUACAAACCGUAAGUUAAACAAUAAUUCCAUUGGGAAAAAAACUGUGAGAGCCCACCCUUUGCUAAAUUUCUACCUCACAAAGGCAGAUCACAAACACAAGCAACGGCAAACGUACAAAAUAUAUAUUUAAAACUCUGUAGAUAUGUGAAAUAUAAUUAUAAAUCAAAACUAUAGAUACCAAAAGGUAUACCCGUAAUUAA